AUGAAAUCUGAACACGUCUAUGGUCUGAUCGUCUUGACUCUAUUCACCACAUUGGACAUAGCUUCAACAUAUACCACAUCUAAACACAACAGUUGUUCAAGAUCUGCCUGUUACAAUGAAGGAAAGUUCAAUUUCUUACCCGGUACCAUUUAUGUGUACAAACAUUCCAUUAGUACACAGACGACGUUUGAUAAAUCCAAGAACACAGCAUCGAUCGCAGAAUUUAAUUUCAAAGUUCACAUUCACAUUCAAGAAUGUGACGGGUUUAUGUUUAUUACUGAUACUAGCAUUCAUAAGGGAGUGAAGACUAGGAACUCUAACACUGUAGACGAAGAAAACUAUUUAAGAUCAGAUGACGAUGUCCUUUAUGAAGAUUUGGAAAGAAAUAUGUUGAGAUUUUCAUUCCAAGAUGGUCAUAUUAGCACGGUCUGUCCCAAUGAAAACGAACCGGUAUGGGCUUUAAACAUCAAAAAAGCUGUUCUAUCCACGUUCCAGAAUCGUAUGGAGAGAUUCGAUAUUCAUCACAUUGUCGCAGAGAGAGACAUCAACGGAUUUUGUCCUACGGCAUACACGUUUUUGAAGUCGAAUGGUACGCAAAUAGUAGUAGACAAAGUAAAGGAUAUUUCAGAAUGUACAGAGCGAUACCACAUGCAUUCUAUAAUUCCAACUUCACCGUACGUUUUCCAAAGUAAAUACCACAAAUGGUCUCCGAUGAAAUCUUUAUUCGUUUGUUUUUACCACAUCGAUCAUCAUAUUAUUGUAAAGAUCGAUUGUCAAGAAAAACACUCAUUUCAACCGUUUGCUAGUAAUGAAACAAACAGUGCAAGAACAAAAAUAUUUCAAACGAUGUUAUUGAUCAAAGAAGAAAAUGCUAUGUACAUCUCUCAUCCGAAUACUUAUGAAAUUACGUCCAGACAACCUUUGUUGUACAAUCACAAGCUCAUUAGUAAUCCGGAUUCAUCGGAUGUUACGGAGACCAUUGAACUGAUUAAAAACUUAUGUGAAAUGAGCGAGGGACAAUUCAACCCUGAUUCCCCAAGCGAAUUUUACAAGGUUAUUCAAGCAGCUAGAAAAUUAACGUAUGACGCGUUAAAAGACCUUUAUUUUAUUUCACAAAAUGAUUUGUGUUCAUCAGCGACCAAACAUCUACAAAGCGCAUUACCAUAUGUUCGCACCACGUCUGCGGUAAUACUUAUGAAAGACAUAUUAUGGAAUGGAACCAUCAGUGAAUCCAUUUCUACCGACUGGUUAAUGGCAAUGGCAAUGUUUGACAGGCCGGAUGAUCAAGUAAUUUCUGAAAUUUCUCAUUUGCUACACAAAGAAAACGCUUCGUCGGAUAUACUAUUAAGUAUUACUUCUUUGAUUCACACAUACUGCAAAUUAAAUCCAAACUGUAAUGAAAAUGUUGAGUUAAUACAAGCCAUCAUAUACAUUGAACAGAAAAUCAAAGAGAAUAUUUUGAUAAAAGAAAACCGAGACGAGACGUUAAUUUGGUUAAAAUCUCUGGGUAACACGGGGCAGACUUCGCCUACUACCCUACAUACAUUAAAUGCAAUCAUUGUGAAUACAGAUUUAACGGUGGACAUUCGAGUGUCGGGAGUUCAGGCUUACAGACGAUUCCCCUGUAACAUAACGAGAUCGGCUAUGUUGGACAUCUUCGUCAACCAAUCUCUGGAUUCAGAAGUUCGGAUUGCCGCGUACUUGCAAGUAAUGCGGUGUCCCAUUUACAGUAUGGUGAGGCAUAUAGUAACAGUUUUAGACACUGAAGAAGUCAAUCAAGUCGGCUCGUUUGUUUGGACACACUUACAAAACCUAAAAAAGACUUCUGUACCAUUUUAUUUGGAGCUGCAAACCAUGUUAGCUGGUGACAUAAACAAGAAAUUUAAUACUGACAUACGAAAGUUUUCCAGAAAUUAUGAAACUUCAUUUUUUUUAAACGAAUACGGCGUCGGCGGAUCUUUCGACAGUAAUGUGAUAUUUUCUCCAAAGUCUUAUAUACCUCGAUCGUUUACAUCAAACAUAACGUUAACAUUGUUUGGAGAAUACAUUAAUAUACUUGAAGUAGAGGUAUAUGCCGAAGGCUUUGAAAACUACAUAGAAGCAUUAUUUAAGCCUGGAGGUGUAUUUAGCUCUGAACGUGUAAAAAAGGGAUUGGAUGUUUUGCGUUUCGUGCGAAGCUUAAUCCCGGAGACACUCAAGGAUAGGAUUAACGAAUUACCAAAUGUCGUUACUGACAAUGUGCCUCCACCAAAGAUAUCCUUGGCGAUUAAAGUAUUCGGAAACGAAGUAAAAUUUUUGCGUCUCAAUGGCGUGGACGAAAUCAACAAAGCGAUCCGUUCUUUUGAUGUGUACAACAUUAUGAAAAGCUUCAUGAACGGACGAGAAUUCCAAUAUGACCAAUCCGCCAUGUUUAUGGACUUAAAAUACGUAGUACCUACUGGAAUUGGCAUGCCUUUGAUAUUAGACGCCGUCGGUACUUCCGUAGUAAACUUUAACAUGUCAAGUUACAUAAACGGAGAUGCUUUCAAAAACUUUGGAGAGUUCAAAUUGUUGACCAAAUUGUAUCCGAGUCUAGCUUUAAAUUUGGAGGGCUCGAUGACUAUGGAUCUUCAUUACGAGACCACUCAGGCCAAAGUUAAAUCAAAGCUGUACACUUCAACUGCAUUCGAAGGAACCACCGAGGUUAAGGGAUAUAAAUUCGUGAAUUUGGUAUUUGAUUUGCCAAAGAUCAGAUCCGAUAUUAUUAGCAUUGAAUCUGAGUUGUUUUUAGAAGACCAUAAAUUAGAGGUCGAUAUCAAUCCGAAUCGAAAUUCCGUGACACCCUCUAACUUGUCCUACAGUUUGCCUGUUCUCGAAGAGAUGAUGGGACUCAAAUUGUACACUAAUUAUCGGUUACCAAACAUAACUGAAAUAAUCAAAUCGCCUAUGGUGAUAUUUAACGGACCUUUGAGGUUGAACAUUUUUUUACUUAAAUCUGAUAUAAAAGUCAAUAAAUAUGUAAUGGAAUACAAAUGGCUCACAGGCAAAAAAAACUCAUCUAUUAGCUUUAUAUACGAAACACCUAGAUCACACGUUAAACACUAUAUGAAAGCACUUCUGGAAAUGGACACUCAGACGCAAAAUUUCACUUUAUUAGUACAUGGAAAAACCAUUCAACUACACGCUUUGGGUUUGUACAGGAAUUCUCCGUUGCACAAGUUGAUGACGUUCACACUAGACAUUAACGACGUGAGACACCUCGAUCUAUUGAUGGAACUUAAAAUCGAAAAUGAAAAAUACGGUCGUUUGUAUUUACCAAAAUUAUACCUUGACAUAAACGCAAGGAGAAUUGCUGAACUCGAGGGUCAAUACAAAUGGGUGGAAAAAAAGGGGAUAUCUCAGUGUGAUAUCAACCUGACAUUUAAAACUACCAAGUUCGAUUCUACAAUUGUCGGCUACAUCAAAAUAAAUGAUGCGUCAACAGCAUUAAAUUUGAUAUUUGAAUACACAUUCGAUAAGGCUGUAACUCUGGAUACGAUAAAAUUGGAAGUAAAAAUCAGUGAUCGAUCAACCAAAGCAUUAUCGUCGUUACAAGGAACUAUGCAAUUAGAAUCAUCAGCUUAUCCACACAUCAACCAUGUAACUUCGGCCAUAUACCAGAAAGCACAAGGUCACACAGAAUGUCGCAUCGAUUUCAUUAACUACCCUAACCUGAAGGACAACACUAAAAAAUUACACGUCGAAUUUGGAUUCACUCAAAUCAAAUAUUAUUCUGGCAACAAAAUAAAUAUAAACUUAUUCGUCACUAAAAUAGCUGAAAACAUUUUGUUCAAAAUCAUAGGAAAUCAUCAGGACACUCAAACCACGUCUAACACCGCAGUUCUUGUACAGUAUGCGCAAGAUAAAAAUAUCACGGCCAAGCUCGACAUUCUUAUGCCUCCGAGUAUACUACUGAACGUAGAUACUAGAUUCAAGUUGACAAUACCUUCUGGAAAAUUUCCGUUGGACAUACACGUUGUGGUCAAGGAAAAAGUCAUGAACGAAUAUGACAUCGAUUUCGCGGGAACUUGGAUUGGAGGACAAAACGUAACUGCAAGAGGACUGUACCAGGACCACUCUUCGUAUUAUCUGACAAGCCAUACACUCAAACUUUUAAUAAAAUCUCACUUAUUCAACGACAUAGUAUUCAUGGGGAAAAUUUACGUGUCAGACGAGGAAUACAGGAUUGAAUCGUGGGUGGACCACAACAACACUAAGCAUGCUAUACUCUUGAGGCAUUUGGCUCGUUCCAAUAUACUACAGUACGAAUCAUACGGUGAAUUGAAAUUGAACACUAGCACGUAUUCGUUGUCCAAUCUGAUAGACCUGAAAAAUCACGAGAUAACGCUGGACAUACAUUUGGACCAGUACAGAGAUAUAUCGAUUUACGGUAAAGGAUUUGCCAAUGAAUGGAACUCCCACACAAUUUUUGAAAUAAAAUGGGAUGCCAACCGAGAUCCAGAUCAAAAGUUUUCAGUCACAUUCAAAACGAACACGAGUGAUAUUGUCGACGGUGAACAAUUUCUAGGUUUGCUGGUGAUAGAAUAUCCUGGUCGAACAGUGAACACCGAUUUAGAAUUGAAAUAUAUAGGACAACACUAUUUUAUAUUGAGUUCGUUCGAAUGGGAUCCCACGUCGAAAAUUGAUUUUUCAUUAAUCUUGAAAAACGAUUUCUUAUCAAAAGGAAGUGGAUACAUUGGUUGUAAGAUGCUUACGCCGUUCGAGAAUUGGUUGAAAACAUUAUACGAACAAAGCGUUAUUAUCGGACCUCAGAACAUGCACACAAACGGUAGUGUAAUGUGGCAAGGUAACCAAUACUUGAACUUUGAUGUACAAACCGGUUACCAGACGCUGGACGAAGACUUUGGAUUUUCGUUUAAUACUGCUGUUAACAGUUCGCUGCAAGAUCUUAACGCUAUUCGCAUUUACAUCAACCACAAUUAUGGUACCAACAGCUUCAACACCAGUGUCUUGCUGCAGAUAAAUCCAAAAUAUGUAAUAUCGCUGGGGUUGACUGGUAAAAUCAACAGCACGAAGACUGAAACCAUUUACAGCGGUUCGGUUACCACGCUCACACCGUUUUUUUAUUACAAGACAUUUAGCUUCGAGUCGGAAGUUGGUAUACAAGAAAAAAAACUCAGUGGCGUCGUUGGACUGCAAAUAGAUUCUAGCAAUUUUAAAGUCGAGUUCCACGGUGUAUACUUUCCAUUAGACAAUAGCAAAAUAUUGUUGAAAAUUUCAACUCCUUAUGAAAGCUACAAAACUUUAUACGGGAAAAUGGGUUACAAAGCGAGAGAAAAACACAUUUUUUUUGACAUAUACAGCGAUAAUUUCAAACUAGGGAUCGAAUUGCGUUACUUGUACAAAAACCUAUCCAACUACAAUCUUAAGUUACGAGUCAACACACCUGUAGAUCCGUUAAGGCAGUUGAUCAUUGCUGGUAAACUCCAUAGUGAAAUAGCCGACUUUCGACUUGGAUGGAAUCACUUCCUGUUAGGCUUUGCUGGCAUUUCUCACUACGUCAGUUGGUCCGAUUUCGAGUACGCAUUGCAGAUUUACACGCCCGUGGAGAAGUUUACAUACAGCAGUGCCAUCGUGAAAAUCUACAUCAUUGACGACAUUGACUGCGAGUUCCGAGCUGUUUUGCCGGAUUCAUCAAUGAUAGGCGUGAAAUUCGUGUAUGCAACCAUACCUAGACCGGAAGAAAUAGAUGAAUAUUACUACGACGAGGACGCCGAGUUAUCGAUGGUGCUCUAUAACGGUCUAAUGGAAAUCGACACGGCGUUUUAUCCCUCGGUAGUUGCUAAUUUCAAUGUGACACAAAAAGACAUUAUGUAUACAACACAAGUCGGACUGUCGGCAAUCAUCAUAAAGGUCACGCUGAAAGACGAAUUAUUUUUAAAGAAUUUCAUGGACAUCAAAAAUGAACUGAACGUGUCAACGUCGUACGAACGUUUCUCGAGAAUAUUUUCUGAGUUUGCGGUGUUUGCCGAGAACGAAAAUCACAUUGUAUCCAAUUUGAUCGCGUCUAUAGUCAAUUUCAAUAAAACGUUGAAGACAACACUCGACGCUGAUUUCUUGACGACGGCUUUAUCGGAUCCCGGUUCGGAAGAUCAGGACGACCCGGAUUUGGCGAACAACGUUCCGUUUGGUAUUUAUGAGAUGAAGUUUUACUUGACUUCACCUUUCAAACUCCUAGAGUUCUGUAACUCGAGCAUGAGCGUAAAAAUACUUAAACAUUUGUACGAAACGAACAUCACGGUGAAGACAAACUAUACCAACUUGUUUGUCAUAGGCAAUAUGGAGGUAUAUGACGGUUACUUUGAUACUGUAGUGGACGUGGACGUGACAUCAAAACUAUUCGAAUUGCCAGUUUUCCGCGUUCAAGUGAAAAAAGAUUACACAGAGAUCGAGAAAAACGUGCAAUUCGUGAUCAGCAGACCGACAGUAUCGCAGGUCAAUGAGGUGGUGUUGGACAUCAAGAGCUCUUGGCAGAUAGACGGAUUCAAUUACAUAAAGUUAAGUGGCGAGAUCAUCACGCCGUUUGUGGUCCUCAACCACGUACAGGGUAGCUUGCAGUACUUCCACCAGAGUAGUACUAAGUCUUAUUUCCUGGAAUCGUACCUCAACUAUUCCCGGAAAGCUGAAAUGAAGGCCAGGGCUCAUUUAAAAGAACAGUCGAUCACUCUCAAUUUGGAAUCUUCGCUGGAGGGUUUGAGGAACGUACACUUUUUGGGUACGUUGUUUGCAAAGGAUGGUCGAAAAGGAAUCGACGCGAUUAUGAUCGGCGACCAGUCAUACAGGAUCAGUGGCUGGGCGUCUGCAAACAGCUCGUUUCCAUUAGCACUGGAAGCUUAUUUAACCAAACAAGGGGUUUCGGUCGGAAGUAUAGUAAUGCAAGUGAAGCACGAUACUCAUGGUUAUAUGAUCUUAGCAAUGUUGCAAUCGAUGAAGAAAAUAAUCAGACUAAGUACACUGAUUGUGUCCACCGACGAAGGAAAAAUGACUACUGUAGAGAUAUCUUCAAUGCAAGAUAACUCUCAAGCUGUGUUCGUGAAGAGUUCAUUGGUGUUCAAACGGCCAGGAAUAUACGUGGUCAACGUCCAAGGAGAGUCGAUCAUCGAAGGGGUGUCCACAUUGUUAUUAGGAAACGUCAAACUGUGGUUUAUUGGAGACAAAUGCGUAAUCAGAAGCUCUGUGGAAUCUCGAUAUCUACAGGGACACAUAAACAUCGACUGGAUAAUGUCACCGCCACAACACAUUUGGGGAGUGGUUGACAUUGAAUACGCGCUGAACAAAAUGUCGUACCAAAAGCUAUUUUCCAAAGUCUACUUUAUUGCCCCGGAGAACAGUAUCAGUCAAAUAACUGUAGGAGCACGUGUCACCGCCAACAACAAAUGGACAUUCGAAGCCAAUUCCACGGCGAUGAUACCGUCGCUCCGGAACAUAUCGUUUUCGACGCAUUUAAUAUUGCCUCAAAACAUUACCAACGAAUACGCAAUUGUCGGAAAUCUGAAAAUUCACGAGCAAUUCGAAUUCAUCUCGCAUCUGUUCCAUUACCGGUCGCCGGAUUUGAAUUACGAAUUCGCCACGUUCAGCGAGGUUCUCUGGAACGAGACAAUAAAUGGUUUGGUGACGUGGGCGUACAGGACUGAAAAUCGCGUGUUUUUGGUUGACACGUUCAGUGGUAAGACAAUGGAAAAGUUUUACGACAUACAUAAUGUGUUUGACGCGAGUUUCCUUAAGCACAGACACAUUUCUAAUUUAGUAUACAAAAAGCCAAACAAACCACAUAAUAUCAGUUUGGAAGUAUUUUACCCACCGGAAGUCAAGAUCACAUCGGCAAUGGUGAUCUUCGAGUCGUUCGACCAUUUCACAUCGUUCAUUAACACGACUACGCCGUUCGUCAACAUACCGUUCUUUGCGUUACGCAUUAUCGCAGAAACGACACCGUUGGACUUUCACCGGCAUAUCGAGGUGUUUUGGCCGCACAACAGCGCCCUGAUGAACGCUACCAAAACCAAGACGCUAAAAGAAGUCAGCAUGUUGAAUGUAGGAGAAAUACUUUUACGGUUUCCUAUCGACAAGAAGUACCACGUCGGUAGGUUCGAGUUCAAAUACGAAGACUUGACAGAAGAAAUAAUUGGUGAUUCAAGAGUCGUGUACGACGAAAUUAAAAUCAUCGAAGGAAACUUCACCAGGAAAUUCACGGUAUACGAAAACGAUUUUAUGGAUGACGCCAUUGACGUGACAGUUCAGAAUAAAAUGCUACCACUGGGCGUGAGGUAUCUCCGGAGGGUGAAUAAGGAUGGUCAUGUGGCCACGGUGGAUGUUCCAAAAACCGACUUUAAGCGUAUGGAAGUGUUUAAACUUCACAACGAGACCGAAUUCAAUGUGACUCUGGAAAUGUUGCAGAACAAAUACGAAAUAGCCCGGGAAAAUACAUUGAAAGUGAUUAAUUUCAACAGAAGCAUCGUGAUCAAUUCACAUUAUGUAGACGAUAAUGAUGACUCUUAUUCAAGAAAUAUAAAAAUAGUUUUGAACCCCGAAGCCUGGAUGAACUCGGCACUAAGGGUUGAUUAUCAUAAUUCGACACCCACUGAAUAUGGGAAAAUAAUCGACAUAAACGUAGCAUAUCCCAGGAGGAAUUUCUCAAUCAUCAGUGACAUAGAGACAGACACUAAAUAUUUGAUGUCUCAGAUGACACUAAUACAGCACAGAGCUUUGCCGGACGAUAAAUACGUACUCGGUUAUCGAAUUGAUUGGAGAAAACUUGAGUCUAAAGUCAAUAGACAUCGUAUAGCUGUGUUACUGUACCACCCUUCAUUCCAAAAAAACGUUACAAUAAGAGGAAACUAUUCGCGUGGUAACUCGAUACUCUUCGAUUUAAAUGCUGAAUACGACUAUGCGUUGGAUUCAAGACGAAAGUUUACCAUUGGUUGCUUGAUUGAAAACAAUUCGGCCAAGUCUAAACGAAACUACUUUUUAUCCCUUAAAGGAAGACAUUUAAUUACCAGAUUUAAAUUAGAUGCUGCUGGUACUUUUAAAUCACAAGAGUUCUUUCAUUACUUCCACAACAAUGUUACUUAUAAACGAGCAUACUUACCAGAUCAGUAUUGGGAUGGUAAAGGUAUAUUGGAUUUUUUCAAUAAAACUUUACUGAUCGAGAAAUACUCAAUCCACGAUACUACUUUUAUCUAUGGAAAUUACAGUAAUUUUCAAGGAACACAUUAUGUGAACGGACUGAUACGAAGAGGAGAUGAUCAAAAUAUUGUUGGGAAAUUUUACAUCAAUAUUCCACAGAAAGACACUAAUCUAGUUAUUAAUUUCACUCCGGAUGCCACAAAACAAUUGUUUAUGUCCGGAAAUAUGUUGGAAAGUAAAAAUGCUAAAUUUAACAUAUGGAGAACCGAAAACAAUGUAAUUAUUCCAGAUGUUGGAUUUUCUUUAAGCCUUAACCAUUCUAGAUUACUCUCUUCUUCAUUGGAAUGGAGAAUCGAUUUAAAAGACAAUAUUGUGAGUGCGUUACGUACAUCGGUUAACCGUACCUGGUGUUAUAUUCAAGAUACAACUGAGUUUUGGACACAUUACAUAAAAUCUCAGACUGUGGAAACUGCAAAUGGUAUUUGGGCUGAUACAAAACCUGAAAUACAAGGAUUUCUCAAUGAUAUAAGCAACUUCCACGUACUAGAAGAAGAUUUGGCGUACUUCAGAAAGGUAUUCAAUAAUUCUUACAACGCCAACGAGUUUUAUUUGAAAGAUAUCCACGGGCUGUACAUUGCAAUGAUGGAGGACAUGUCGUUUAUGGACAAAAUGGGAUCGUUACCGCAGAUCGUCAACGAAAUAUGGACUGCAUUAGGUGACACUGGGCAAACCAUUAGGAAAUCUAUAGUUUGGUUUAUCGACAACAUAAAAAUGGCCUACGAAGAAUUUGGUAAACUUUUGAAACGGUUGAUGGAAGGAGAAGCGUUUGUUUACGUCUCGGACUUUAUCAAUAGCUCUAUGGUUAAAUAUGAUAAAUUGAUACGUGAUGUUCAUAUAUCGUUCAUAAGAUACGUUGAAAGUAUGCUGGAAGAAUCGUCAAACACUGUGGCGGCGUAUUGGAGCAAUGUUUUGAAAACCAUCGAGCCGACUGUGGUACAAAUUUUCCAUCACAUCGAGGGUGUUUUCGUGUCAGCUACAAAACACGUUAUUCAGUUUUUGUACGCGAGACAGCAAGAACUUAUGCAAUCGCCGUAUUACGCACAUACACAAAAUAUGACACAAGAUUUGGACAGAUUUUAUAAAGAUCUCAUGCAAAACGAUUUAUUUACGAAUCUAAAAAAGUACUGCACAAUAUUGUACGACGUCAUCAAAACUAAAUAUUAUCCUCUCAUACCAUUCGCGACCGAAAUGAACGCCCUCAGACUGGAGAUAAUGGACGGCGUGAAUCAAUUGCUCAAGUUGCCGUUGAUCUCUUACGUGAUCGACAACACCAAAACAAUGAUCAACCAAUUUGUGUGGUUUUGCGAAUACAUCGACUUGAGCAAAAAAAUACAAAGCAUUGUUCCCAAACUAGUGAAUCGGUUGUACGAUCUAACGUACACAGCAGUCGACAACGAAAUGAAAUACCACAAGGCGAAAACAAAAUUUUUAUGCAAUCCGGAAAAAGGAAUUCUAGAAUUGGAACAGAAGUUGCCGUUCUCGUGGCACGCAUUCAAUGAAACUCCCAGAUACGAAGAAAUCCCAGAAUAUAGAAUGGCCACUAAACUGUUGAGUAUGUUUGCGCCAUCCAAUGUGACGUUUUGGUUCGUGUACUACAAUUUGAUGCCAUUUAUGGACGACACUAAUUGGCUGCCACCGUUCCGAGCUCACGCGAUGAUCGUCGGCUCUCAGCAUUUUGUGACAUUUGACCAGAGGCAUUACGACUUUAAGGGUCAAUGUUCGUAUCUGCUGGCCAAUGAUUUCGUCGGUCACGAAUUUUCCCUGGUGCUCAACUACGAAUCGGAAAUUAAAGGCCACUAUACGAUGUUGCUGAUACUGGGGUCCGAGACGAUUUCAAUAGAUCUCCAGCGCAAGGACGUGAGAGUUUUUCCCGACAGUAUUAAACAACUACCGUUGCAACUGAACGAUACGGUUAUCUACUACGAAAACGAGUUGCUCAUUGUGGAGAGCGAGAGGGGCUUAUCUCUAAUAUGCAACAUGAAUUUCCAAUAUUGCACGUUUCAUGUAUCAGGUUGGUAUUUCGGUAAGACGGCGGGGCUGCUUGGAACGCUUGACAACGAGCCCAUUGACGACAUGCUGUCGUCCAACGGCUACUUGGAACCGGACUUGUUCAAGUUCACCGAGAGCUGGUCGUUGAACGAGAACAGCUGCAGCGCGUACCAGUCUGUUCAGAGGAAAUCGUCGCCCAGCGCUCAAAUCGUGGAAAUCUGUGACAGCUAUUUCAAACACAAGACCUCUCCGCUAUUCACCUGCUUCUCCGUGAUUAACCCCAGCCCCUAUUACGACCUGUGCCUGAAACAAGCCAACAAAAACGAGACGUGUACAUCGGCGACCGCCUACAGCGAAAUGUGCUCCAUAGAAAAUCUGCCUGUCCGCACACCAACAAACUGUGUCAGGUGUCAUGCAAUAAACAACUCGGAAAUCACCGAGGGCGAUUUUUUGAAUAUCAACGGUAGCCACGUACCAUCGUCGGCCGACAUCGUGUUCAUCGUCGAGGCCAAGCAGUGCAACGAGAACUUUGCGGAGAAAAAGAACGUGCACACCCUGCUCACGAUGAUGGUCAAAGAGUUGCACGAUGUUGGGAUGACGAACAACAAAUUUUCAGCAGUUUUCUUUGGUGGUGACGGUUUAUUCGACGAGCCUCACAGCGUUGUAAUAAACGGUCAAGCAUUCGCUAGCCCGACCUUAUUUUUACAAUUCUUAAGCAACAUACAAAUUGGUAACGGCAAUUCAGACGUAUUCAACGCCAUUCGGUUCGCGUCAAAGUUGCGUUUCAGGACGGCACAUUCGAUAAUAUUUUUACUGUUUCCGUGCAGCGACUGCGAUCCUUCGAACAUGAUGUUGGACUAUUCCGUUAUCAACCAUAUAAUUACGGAGAAAAGUAUAAAGUUACACGUUUUAAUGGACAAGCCAUUCAUUCUUGAUAAGUCACGAGCGGGGAGCUCGUUAUUCGGCGUCGAUGCCGAAACGGCGUACACGAGAAACGACUUCAAGGCGCUCAAGGGAGAUACGGGUCUCAGAAAACAGGUGAAGUUGACGAAGAACAUGCUGGGAUACUGCACGCCGAUCGUUUUGGAGUCGAACGGUUCGUUGUUCACGUCGAAAAAAAUGGAUACCGACAACUUGAACCUGGUGAAAAAGUUUUUGCAAGUUUUUGCUAAAAGGAUCGCUAAGACGGCGCCGGCGCCGAAAUGCCAGACGUGCGAAUGCAAUUCGGACGAUAAUGGAAUCAGCCACAUGGACUGUUAUCCUUGUUCGUACCCUACGGCCGCUAACAUCGAAUACGGUUUCAAUGACGAUUUUAUUCCACCAAAUGUUUUAUCUUACGAUUCCGGCAACGGAUUCUACUACGAUGAUCACAUUAAUUAACCACUAGCA